AUGGGGCACACGUCCCCAUCCUGGGACACACAUCCUCAUCCCAGGACACACGUUCUCAUCCCAGGACACCCGUCCCGGCCCUGCCACAGCAUGGAGGGGCUUCGGGCACUGGGUGUCCUGCUGCUGUCCUGCCUCCUGCUGCCCUCACCCGCGGGCACCCAGACCAGCCCCAGCCCCAACCCUGACCAGCGUUUGGUGACAGACCCCGAGGAGGCACCAUCCCAUCACCACGCAGCCAGUGCCACGCGGGAGCAGAAGCCCGACGGUGCCCAGGAGGGGCUGCCCCCCCGGCCCCGCUGCGUCCGCUGCUGUGAGCCGCCCGACCAGCACUUCUCCUACCCCCGGUACCAGCCCCUGCCCCAGAUCAACAUGACCAUCCUGAAAGGAGAAAAGGGGGACCGCGGCGAGCGAGGCAUGCAGGGCAAGUACGGCAAGACAGGGGUGGCCGGCAGCAGGGGCCACGCGGGUCCCAAGGGCCAGAAGGGCAGCGUGGGCGCCCCGGGGGAGCGCUGCAAGAGCCACUACGCCGCCUUCUCGGUGGGCCGCAAGAAACCCCUGCACAGCAACGACUACUACCAGCCCCUCAUCUUCGACACGGAGUUCGUCAACCUCUACGACCACUUCAACAUGUUCACGGGCAAGUUCUACUGCUACGUCCCCGGGAUCUACUACUUCAGCCUCAACGUGCACACCUGGAACCAGAAGGAGACGUACCUGCACAUCAUGCGUAACGGGGCGGAGGUGGUGAUCCUCUACGCCCAGGUGAGCGACCGCAGCAUCAUGCAGAGCCAGAGCGUGAUGCUGGAGCUGCAGGAGCAGGACGAGGUCUGGGUGCGACUCUACAAGGGCGAGCGUGAAAACGCCGUCUUCAGCGAUGAGUACGACACCUACAUCACCUUCAGCGGCCACCUCAUCAAGGAGCUGGAAGCUGAGAUCAAUAACAGACCCAUCAACGAGCAAGCAGGACAGGCUGGGGGUCAUGGCUGGGUUUACCAAGAGUCCAGAUCAUCUGGCAGGUCCACAAGUGACGAGGACACAGAGCUCAUCUCAGAACAUGUCCCAUCCAUGGGGCACACGUCCCCAUCCUGGGACACACAUCCUCAUCCCAGGACACACGUUCUCAUCCCAGGACACCCGUCCCGUUCCAGGACACCCAUCCCAUCUCAGGAGAUGUCCCAUCCAUGGGACACACGUCCCCAUCCCCCCCCCAACCCUCUCCCCCCGGUUGUCCCGGGCAGCUUCCAACCGGCGGCAGAGCACCGGGGAACCACCGUCCUGCACGACACCAUCAGCACCCGCCCGCAGCCCCUGCCAGCAAGACACUUUGACACCAAGACGACGGAGCCCAUCAGCUUCUUCUUGUCCGGCCUGGAGGAGCUGCUGGCCUGGCAACCCGACAGCAACGAUGACUUCAACGUCGCCGCCGUCCCCCUGGCCAAGCGUCAGCCCCCGCUCCACAGCAGGAGGCCCCGGACGCUGGUGUGUCACGACAUGCGUGGCGGGUACCUGGAGGACAGGUUCAUCCAGGGCUCGGCCACACGCAACCCCUACGUCUUCUACCACUGGAGGUACAUCGACAUCUUCGUCUACUUCAGCCACCACACCGUCACCAUCCCGCCCGUGUGCUGGACCAACGCGGCGCACCGCAACGGCGUCCCCGUGCUGGGCACGUUCAUCACGGAGUGGACGGAUGGGGAGAAGCUGUGCGAGGCGUUCCUGGCCGGCGGGCCGGAGGCGUACGGCGCCGUGGCCGAGCAGCUGGCCCGCAUCGCCCGGCACUACCGCUUCGACGGCUGGCUGGUCAACAUCGAGAACACGCUGAGUCCGGCGGCGGUGGGCAACCUGCCCCCCUUCCUGCGGCACCUGACGGCGCAGGUACACAGCAUGGUGCCAGGGGGGCUGGUCAUCUGGUAUGACAGCGUCCUGCAGAACGGCGCGCUGAGGUGGCAGAACGAGCUGACCCAGGAGAAUAGGGUGUUCUUCGAUGCCUGCGAUGGGCUGUUCACCAACUACAACUGGAAGGAGGAACACCUGGAGCGGACACGAGCGCUGGCCGGGCCGCGCCACAUGGAUGUCUAUGUCGGCAUUGACGUCUUUGCCCGUGGAGACGUGAUCGGUGGUGGCUUCGACACUGACAAGUCCCUGCGCCUGAUCCGCCAGCACGGCCUCUCCGCGGCCAUCUUCGCUCCCGGCUGGGUCUACGAGCACCUGGGGGAGGAAAACUUUCUUCGCAAUGAGAACAAGUUUUGGGGCUUGCUGGCCGAGUACCUGCCCACGCACAGCAUCUGCACCCUGCCCCUCGCCACCUCCUUCAGCCUGGGCAUGGGCACCAGCAGGUUCCUGGAUGGGAAGGAGGAAGAGGACGGGCCCUGGUAUGACCUGAGCGCGCAGGAGAUCCAGCCCCUCUACCCCGAGCUGGAGGGCAGGCUGAGCACCAGCUGCUGCCUGCAGGAUGCCUGGUGUGGGGGCAGCUCCCUCAGGGUGCAGGGGACCAUCCCCCCCGGCGAGGAGCGUGUGGCCGUCCGCCUUUUCUCUUUGCAGAUGCCAGCGCCCCCCAAGCUCUUCUUGACCUUGCUCUACAAGCUGGAGGGGCCGCAUCCCGAGGAGCUCACGGUUGCGCUGGAGAUCACCACCUGGGACUCGGGUACCUGCUACGAGGGCAACAUCACCUCCCUGCCCGAGCCCAACGGCCGCCAUCACCCCCGGUUCCUCCCGGCACCACCACCCGGCCUCGCCAAGCUCCUCGCCGCCUGUCACCGUGGCUCCCAUGGCUGGACCAGCCGGUGCUACGAGCUGGACCUGCAGGACUGCAGCCUGCGAGACCUCUCCUUGCUCGUGUCCCGCCACCAGCCCAGCCCGCAGGAGACACCCUUCACCUGCCUCCUCGGGGAGAUCCGGGUGCUGGAGGCGGCCAACGUGGCAGCCUCCCCGCCGCCGGUGCAGAGCCUGUUGGCCUCGCAGCUCUGGUGGCAGGAGGGCCCCGAGGAGGACGAGCUCUCGCUCAGCCUCACCCUGCGCUGGUCCUUCCCCCCCGGCCGUGCCAGCUGUUUCCGUGUCCUCAGCCUGGGUGCCCGCUGCCGCCGGGGCCAGACGUCGCCGCAGCUGCUGGGGCUGGCACAUGCCUGCCUGUACCGGGCGGUGGGCCUGGCGGUGCCGCGGCCGGCACCCGGGCAGUCCUGUCGGCUGGAGCUGCUGGUGGAACCGGUGCUGCGGGACCAGCUGCCCGUGGACCCCCAGCACUGGGGGCGGUUGGUGCUGGUCUAUUCCGACCUGGUCCGUGGUGCCAGCGCAGACGGGUAUUAAAGGCCAGCGUGGUGCAUCUG